UAUCCAUUCAAAUUACAGAAAUAAUAAUCCAGCAAUAAAGGCAAAAUACGCCAGGACACGGUUUUCCUUAUAUGGUGUGUAAAGGUCGUUUUGAGAACGAGGCUGACCAUUUUGACAAGUAAACAAAGCAAAUUAUUUUGAUUCAUUCUACCCCUAAAUACAACCAUUUCAUAAGUCAGUUAAACAUAUGGAACCACACACAAAUAUGACUUAUCAAACCUCAGUCCUUUCAAAGGGAGGAAGAUGUGGAAAAAAGCUGUAAAGAAAUUCAUUAAAGACAGUUUAAACUAAACUUGCUUAGAAGUACUGAAUGUUAAAGCUUGAGAAACUGGUAGGAUAGUUAUUUAGGCAAAAAGAUUAUUGGAAAAAGGAGUUUCAAAACAUAGCUCAAGUGCUAGAGCCAGUGGGUUAUCUGCAUUCUGUCAAUGAUGGAGAAUUGAUCCCAGAUUAAAGAGUGAGGAAUUUUGUAUCAAAAUGAAGUCAUUGAAAGGUACAUCUUGUAUGGAUAUAAAAGCAAAACAGCAGUCAUCAAAAGAACCUAUUUCACCAGCUUGUGAGAAAUGUAAUAAACAUUUUGACACAAAAAUUGCAUUACAUAAACAUUCCAAAAUCCAUCAGGAGAAGACAUUUGUGUGUGAAGAGUGCGGCAGAAGAUUUGCUCUUGGUCAUCAACUUAAAGGACAUCUUCUCAUUCACUCUGGAGUUAAGACUUUUGCAUGUGAAUAUUGUACUCAAAUGUUUUACCAGAAGUAUGAUUUAAACAUGCAUUUACGGACACAUACUGGUGAAAAGCCUUAUAUUUGUGAAGUAUGUGGAAAAGGUUUUACGCAAAAGGUUCAUCUCUUGGGUCAUCAGGUUUCUCACACUGGAAAGAAACCAUUCUCAUGUGAUGUCUGCUUAAAAAAUUUUGUUUUGAAAUCGUCUCUACAACGUCAUCAACAGGUUCAUCUUGGUAUAAGGCCUUUUAAGUGCAAGUUGUGUGAUAAGAAUUUUGCCAGAAAAUCUAUUCUUCAGCAACAUAUGUGGGACGUUCAUGAAAAAAGAAAACCAUUUCAGUGCUCUUCCUGUGGCUCAAAAUUCUCACAAAAGGGAAAUUGGCAGAUUCAUAUGCAGGGAAAUAAGUGUACACGAUCAAGUAAGAAGAGGACUAGUAAGAACAAAGAAGCAAAAAGAACUACACCUAUAAAACAGUCACACAUGCUUAUCUCCCAGGAAACUAAAACUAGGGUUGAAGAUAUUACAGUUGUGAAUUCUCCACUGAAGACUAGAAAUGAAAAAGAAGUGUUUUUUAUGCAGUUUAAUGCAAGAGCAGAAACUAACAUUCCAACCUCUGAGGAAAGUUUAACAGUAUUGAAAUGUCCUAUGCUAUUUAUUGAACAUCUAAAUGUGGAUAAUUUUGCAGAAAUUGCAAAACAUGUGUCUCUUAUCAAUUUAAAUAGUGCUGCUGUUGCCAUUUCUUUUAAUAGUCCUUCAGACAUUAACUGUCAUAGUAAUUUGUUUGUGAGUGCAGGUAGUCCAAUGAGUGGAGCAAGCCAAGAGCAGCAUGUUGAAUCCUCUUUAAUUAAGAGCAAUAACUUUAUGCCAAUAGAAUGUUCUUUUCAAAACCAUAAAGCUAAAGAGGAGAAAUUGGACAGAUCUUUAUCGUUUACAUGUAGCUCACUACUUGAUCAUACUAAGUGCCCUACUGAAGGUUUUGAAGAACUUUUCCCAGAACUUGCUGUUUAAGGUGACCUGUUUCAUGAAAUAAAUAUCAAAAUAUUAAUAGGAAUUGUCAUGUUUAUACUUGACAUUGAGUUUUGUUUGUGAUAUUUGUAUUGUACCUAUAUAAAACAUUUAUAUUGAUUGCUUUACUACAUACUGUGGUUUAGAAUCAUUUUGGUUGCCACGUUAUUUUUCUCAUGAAGAUAUUUCCUAAAAUUCAAAUUAUUGUAGAUUUAUCGGUUUUGUAAUUAAGAUGUUUGAAUUUUAAUAGAAAAUUACCAUUUAAUAG